GUUCACAAACACAAGCAUUCAGUAAGAGCAAUUGGAAGAAAUGUCUUGGACGAAAGUUGUUGCUAUAACAGGAUGUGACAGCGGACUAGGAUGGGCAAUGGCCGCGCGGGCCGCUAGAGAAGGAUUUGUGACUAUAGCAGGCAUGUACAACGGUUCUGACACUGAAGCUGCAGAAGCACUCAAGAGUCUUUGUGUCCACCCAUACAAACUAGAUGUCACGGACUCAACAAGUGUCACGGAAUUUGGGGAUUAUGUUAAAAAUAUACUAACAGACAAUCCACAUUACAAACUAUACGCUGUAAUAAAUAACGCUGGGGUGAUGACUAUUGCUAACUACGAAUGGCAUACGCCACAGAUAAUAGAAAACACCAUAAACGUUAAUUUACUGGGAGCAAUGAGGGUGGUUUCAUCAUUUUUACCCGAAUUAAGAAAAAGUGGGACUUACAAUCAGGAUUUUAAGCCCCGAAUCAUAAAUGUAGCAAGUCACUGUGGAUUGCAACCGUUGCCUGGCUUCGGGCCAUACUGUGCCAGUAAAGCAGGGCUACUGGCAUGGACUCGCGCCUUGCACUUAGAACACUUUCGCGAUGGCCUUAGCGCAGUGGCAUUUGUACCAGGUGGAUUCAUCGGGUCAAGCAACUUAACUACGAACCAAGUAGCGAAUGGAGACAAAAUGUUGAAACAUUUAACCGAAGAACAGAAAUCCGUAUAUGAAAAAAGAUUAAAAACCCUAAACAAUUACUUGGGGCAAGCGUCCAAAAAUAUGAGAUUUGAUUCAAUGACCAAUGAAAAUAUUACUGAAACAUUUUUGAACGCUCUCACUGAUCGUAAGCCUAAGAAAAUUUACAAAGUGGAAUCGUUGCGAUACAAGUUGUAUUACAAUUUAUUAAAACUGCCGUUUCCAGAUACAACGUACCAUUGGUUGAUAAGAAAAUUUCUAAGUUUUCCCGACGAUGAAUAA